AUCACAAAAUUCAGUUGUAAUGGUUCUGUGACGGUUUAUCUGAUUAAUAUAUUUUUUCUGAUAUGGCAAAUGACAUGUAAAUUCAUUCAGUGAUGUCUAAUGGAAUAAACUAACUUGGCCUAAAUCGUCAGUGAAUUAUUGUCAUUAUUGUUAAACUGUAACAAUCAAUUAUUCGAAUUAUUCGUUUUUUAUUUGUUUAUUUACGUUAAUAGAAAUCACCGAGUGAUGAAGUGAAUGUUGGGAAUUCCACAAGCGCAUUACUAUGGAACAACUUUUUCUAUGCGUUUUAACGCCUAUCAGUGACAUUUGAAACGUGUUUAUCGGUUAAGUCUCUGUAAAUGGUAAUAAGUGAUUUGUUUGUAUUUAAAAAACGCUUUCUGUGUUAACACGGUCUUUAAUUCAACUGUGUUAACACUAUUCUGUGGAAUCUAUGGUGAUACUGGUGGUGGUGGUUGAAUUGAAAUUGACAGUCAAAGUAAAAUGGUAGACUGUUUUGAUUUUGACAUCUAUUAAAAGAAUAACGCGAUGGUGUGAGUUUAUCAUUCAUAGAUAGGACAAUUUUAACAAGAUAUUAGUAAAAAUAACAGAUUUCAUAGACAUAAACACCCUUGAGGAAAAAUGCAGCCUCUUGCAGAAAAUGCAUCAAACAUUCCAGCCUUUUUAGGUAAAUUGUGGAAGAUGGUAAAUGAUCCUAAUACCGAUCAUUUAAUAUGUUGGAGUCCGGCUGGAAAUAGUUUCGUAAUUCAAAAUCAGGCACAGUUCUGGUAUGAGUUACUACCAUUGUACUACAAACACAACAAUAUGAGCAGUUUCGUUAGACAGCUGAAUAUGUAUGGUUUUCACAAGUUGUCUACCGUGGAAAAUGGGACAAUGGAUACGGAAAAGGAUGAAAUUCAGUUUUUUCAUCGUUACUUCCAAAAAGAUCAACCCGAUUUACUACAAAACAUAAAACGAAAAGUCACUACAUCCAAAACUGAAAACGGUGUUCAAAAUAUAGCCAAAAAUGAUGACAUUUCCAAAGUGUUGACAGAUGUCAAGAACCUUCAUGGUCGGCAAUCUAGUGUUGAUGCCCAAUUGUCAGCAAUGAAGCAGGAAAACGCAGUGCUCUGGAGAGAGAUGGCCAAGUUGAGGAAAAGUCAUAUCAAACAGCAGCAAAUCGUUAAUAAGCUAAUUCAGUUUCUGGUAACUCUUGUCCAACCACAGGCUACUACUAGAAUAGGCGUGAAAAGAAGAAUGCCCCUCAUGUUGAAUGAGAGCCCAAACAGGAAAAAGAGCAAAAAUUCUGACAAGAGUGAUAAUGAAAAUAUUGACCAGAAUGACUCAGGACCAACAAUUCACGAACUGGACAGUGAAAUUGAAAUUUGCCCUGAGGAGUUGUUUGAAGAAGAUUUGGAAGAAACUGGGCUGGUGUCUAGUCCCAAUGCUUCAGUCACAUCACCUAAUUGCGAAGUCAAUCAACCAAAUUCUGUUUCAUCAUAUGACGAAAAUGCAGAUGGUGCUGCACUAACAGACAAUUUUUGGGAUAAACCAGAAUUUGUUGAAAUCUCCCAAUUGGAUUCUCAAAACCUAGAUCCCGAUGACCUUAUAGUUUGUGACACUGAUGUAGUUGAGGAGAGUAUUAACAAUUUCCAAUCAAGCACAAACAGAAACGAAGAAGUAUUUCUAAAUCCUACAACACAAGACACACUUUUGAGCAACCUUGUAAAUGGCAGUUACAAUUCGAAUGCACUGAAAGGGAAGAGAGGGAAGAAAGCAUCCAAAGGGGUGCCUGAAAGUCCAACGAGAUUUUUGAAUACUGACAACCUAGAUGGCAGCCAGGAUACGACGGUAGCUACAAGAGAUGUAAGAAUUAAUAAUGGGGAAGAUUUAGAUAGUCAUGUAGUUUCUACUCAGAGUGAGAUCGAUCAGCUCAAGGAUAUACUACAUGGGUGCCAUGGCCUUGACGCUAAUUCAUUACUUAGGUUAUUCAGUGAAGAUGCACCAAGUUUUGGAAUCAGCUACCCUAAGAAUAUUGCUUCAGAUCCUAUAGCAGGGGAUCCGAUGGUUUCCGGAACUGAAUCGACUGUAUGUGACAACAACCUAAUCGAUUUUGGUGAACUUCUUGACGAUUCGUUGAAUGAACAAGAUGCUAUUGCCGAAGAUGAUGAUUCUGAUCUUAGUUCUACAGUAAAUACGCCUUUGAUAAUAAAGAGCGAACCGAUGUUUCCCAGUCUCGAAAAAGAUCUUUAAUAUCAUUUCAAUGAGUUUAUUGAGUUGCUUCGUUCAUUUCAGGAAAACUGUUUGAAAUUCAUUAGUUAUGGUGUAGCAGUUGAUUGUUAAUAGUUAUUGUUGAGCUUUAAUUUACAGUUUGGAUCAAUUUAUCACUGUAUAUGGUUUGAAAUAAACCUUUGUAUAACAGGUUGUUUGAUGACAUAAAAUUGAGUUGAAGUGGAGCAUGUACAGGAUGUUUGUGCAUUGUGUGCACCAUUGGCAAUUUUGUUAUUAUUGAACAUUAGCUUUCAAUAUUACUGGAGUUU